ACACACACUAUAUUGCCAAAAGUAUUGCCCCCACCCUUCAAAUUAUUGUAUUCAGGUGUUCCAAUCACCUCCAUGGCCACAGGUGUAUAUAGACUGCUUCUACAAACAUUUGUGAAAGAAUGGGUCGCUCUCAGGAGCUCAGUGAAUUCAAGCGUGCUACCGUGAUGGCUUGCCACCUGUGCAACAAGCCCAUCCAUGAAAUGUCCUUGCUACUAAAUAUUCCAAAGUCAACUGUUAGUAGUAUUAUAACAAAGUGGAAGCAACUGGGAACAACAGCAACUCAGCCACCAAGUGGUAGGUCAUGUAAAAUGGCAGAGCGGGGUCAGCGCGUGCUGAAGAGCACAGUGCGCAGAAAUCGCCAACUGUCUGCAGAGUCAAUAGCUAAAGACCUCCAAACUUCGUGUGGCCUUCAGAUUAGCACAACAGUGCAUAAAGAGCUUCAUGGAAUGAGUUUCUAUGGCCAAGCAGCUGCAUCCAAGCCUUACAUCACCAAGUCCAAUGCAAAGCGUUGGAUGCAGUGGUGUAAAGCACGAUGCCACUAGACUCUAGAGCAGAGUUCUCUGGAGUGACGGAUAAUUCUUCUCUGGCUGGCAAUCCGAUGGACAUGUCUGGGUUUGGUGGUUGCCAGGAGAACGGUACUUGCCUGACUGUAUUGUGCCAAGUGUAUAG